ACACCCUCUGCCUGCCCCCUCCCUUCCCACACAACCACUAUAAAAGAUGGGCACCUCUGCCUGAUUCUUCAGUCUCUGCAAGACCAAACCACCUACAGAUCCACCAUGAAAUUUGUGGCACUCGCACUCACCAUCCUGCUUGUGGCAGGCGCUCAGGCUCGCACUCUGCAGGCCGAUGCCCCAUCCCCACUCGAGCAUGUGAGGUCCGCAGUCAUGGUGUACCUGACCCAGGUGAAGGAGACCGCCCAGAAGGCUCUAACCCACCUUGAUGACACUGAGUACAAGGACUACAAGAUGAAGGUCUCUGAGAGCCUUGACAACAUGCUGACUCAUGUGCAGACCGCCUCUGCCUCCUUGUCUCCCUACACCGAUGCCUUCGCCACCCAGAUCAUGGAGGUCACCGCUGGCAUGCGCGCUUCCAUCGCCGCCGAUGUGGAGGAGCUCCGCAAGAACCUUGAGCCUAAACGUGAAGAGCUGAGACUGGUCCUGGAGAAGCACAUGCAGGAGUACCGCGAGAAGCUGGAGCCCAUCAUGAACGAGUACACCGCCAAGCAUCGCGAGGAGAUGGAGGCUCUCAGAACCAAGAUGGAGCCCGUUAUGGUGGAGCUGCGCGCCAAGAUCCAGAGCAACGUCGAGGAGACCAAGUCCAAGCUGAUGCCAAUCAUCGAGGCUGUGCGCGCCAAGCUGACCGAGCGUCUGGAGGAGAUGAAGACCAUGGCCACCCCCUACGUCGAGGAGUACAGGGAGCAGCUUACCAAGGCUGUAGCUGACCUGCGUGAGCAGAUGGGCAAGAACGACGGUCUGGGCGAGGAGCUGAAGACCAAGCUGAUGGGUGUCUACGAGACCCUCACCAAGGCUUUCCAGAAGUCCUAAAGCCCCCUCCCUGUCCCCCUGCAACGUCGUCGGACGACACCUCACUCCUCGUGUCCCCAUUUCCUCCACCCUCACUCACAACACACACACAACACACACACACCCACGCACUUCCCCCUUGUGACAAGGGCUAAUGCAAUGCCAUGGCUGGACACUUUGCUUCCUAACACACGCACAGGCUAACACACACACACACACACACACACACACCUACAUCGUGUGGGGUGAUUGCACAGCUCCAAGCACGCAGAAGAUGAAGCACACUUUUCCAUUCAAACUAAACCUGUGAAAUGCUUGAAUAUUCUGUCAUGCUGCUGCUUGUUAGAGAAAACAGUGUAACAGUGUCUUAAUACUGUCUGUUCAAUAAAAUCCAGACUGUUUCAUACUA